AUGUCUGACGCCGAAGACCAUGCAAAUGCAGCAGACUAUGCUAAUGGCGAAUCUCCUCCAAAGCCCCCACAGAGGUUCAGGGACAGAUCUAAGGAGUUGCUGUCCAAAAAAGCCGUGCGCACCAAGCAAAUGCUUUCCAAACAGGCCGUUAAGAUUGCCAAACAAGCUGAGGAACACGAAAGGUUCAUCAACAAGGUGACGCAUCUCGUGGGGGUCCUCGGCUUUGGGGGGUUUUGCUUCCUUCUAGGGGCAAGACCCCAAGACAUUCCCUAUGUAUAUUGUUUGUUCUACGUCAUCUUUGUUCCUCUUCGUUGGAUAUACUACAGGUUCAAGAAAUGGCACUACUAUCUACUGGAUUUUUGCUACUAUGCCAAUACAAUAUUCUUGGUUGAUCUUCUUUUUUACUCAAAAAAUGAGAAGGUUUUCAUGGUUUGCUUUUCUUUUGCUGAGGGGCCGUUAGCAUGGGCUUUGAUUGUUUGGCGUUGCAGCUUGGUUUUCAGUUCUGUUGACAAAAUUGUCAGUGUUCUUAUCCAUCUUUUACCUGGAUUGGUUUUCUUUACUAUUCGAUGGUGGAAUCCUACAACCUUCGAAGCCAUGCAUCCAGAGGGAACUGCUAGAAGACCCACGUGGCCUUAUGUCGAAGAUAAAUCCUUUCUCUGGACAUGGCUGUUUCUGGUACCCUUGGUAGCUUACACAUUAUGGCAGGUUCUAUACUUCCUCAUUGUCAACGUCUUGCGCAGGCAAAGGCUUUUAAGGGAUCCUGAAGUCAUGACUUCCUAUAGGGAACUCUCGAAAAAGGCUCAGAAAGCAAACAACAUAUGGUGGCGCUUAAGUGGGUUAUUAGGGGAUCAAAAUCGCAUGCUAAUGUACAUUUUUCUUCAAGGCUUAUUCACGGUGGCAACCAUGGCACUGGCUGUGCCCAUAUUCUUGUCAUAUGAGUUGCAUGUAGUUUUCCAAAUACUGAAGGUUUCUGCCUCAAUAUGGAACGGGGGAAGUUUUCUUUUAGAAGUAAUGCCAAGACAAGCAAUUCUUAAGGAGAAAAAGAAAUCAGAAAUGCAACCUGUUGAAGCUCAAUCCAAUCACCAAUAG